AAUAAAUAUAUUCCAAACUUGUGGCAGAAGAAAAGGAACCGAUAUCAAACAAAUAAACCAACAAAAACAAAAGCUAAAAUAAUUUUGCAGCAAACAAAUAACACCGAAGCAGAAGAAAUAAAAUAACAGAGACACAGAGCAGGACAAAUUCGUCAAUUAAGGAUAAUAAUAGAAAAGAAAAGCAACAAGCAUCAGACCCGCAUUCAUUUAUCUUAUUGUCCUGUUCGAUACCCACCAAAAGCAGGUCCCAUCCCUCCACACCCAAUUUACCCACCUCAACCAAAAUCCCCAUUCUUCAUUCCAUUUCCUCUCUAUCUCUCCCUACUCCAUUUGAUUCUUGUCCAUGAAGCGCUCACUUGAGACCCAAACUGAAAAUAUCACUGGGCAAGAUAUCAAAAUGAAGAAGAAAAUCAAGCAUCAAGGAGAAGAAAAAUUUGCAGACGAAGAAAUUUCAGGAACCGGGUUUGUCAAUUUAGAUGAAAAUCUGCUUUACGAGGUCUUAAAGCAUGUAGAUGCCAGGACUUUAGGUAGAGCGGCAUGUGUGAGCAAGCAGUGGCAUCGAACGGCGCAAGACGAGAGGCUUUGGGAGCUGAUCUGUACAAGGCACUGGGCAAACAUCGGAUGUGGUAAUCAGCAGCUGAGAUCUGUUGUUUUAGCUCUCGGUGGGUUUCGUCGCCUCCAUUCUCAGUAUCUUUGGCCUCUUUCUAAGCCACAAUCUUCUACUUCCGCUGCUUCUUCUUCUUCUUCUUGGCCUUCGUUCCCUCCGAUUAGGUCAAAGCCCCCUGCAAGAUGGGGAAAGGACGAGGUUCAUCUCUCCCUAUCUCUGCUUUCCAUUCGGUACUAUGAGAAGAUGAAUUUCGGUAAUAGAAGAUCGUCAUCGUGAUGAUAAUUUUUAUUAUUUAACGAAAUUAUAUGAUUAGGAGUAUGUUAUUAUUAACUCUAAUUUCGGGUUUUCUUUUAAUUGUAUGUCUAAAUUUGGGUUGAGAUUUUGUUUGUUUGCAAUUGCUGUUGUUGUUGUUGUUGUUGUAUUUACUACUUAAUAUGGGUUUUUGCUAAUUAGAUCUGUACUCUGUAACCAUAUAUUUUAAUGAAAUGAAUCAAUUGUUGUUUGCUUGUUGGUUCAA